AUGUCUCACCUUUCGCCCGCAACGAUAUUCUCACCUACAGUUGCUCGUCAACAACUUGCAGCUGCUAAAGAUUGGUCAUAUAUAGAUAGCUGGCUCUUGAUUAAAUUCGCCAAUCAACCCAUUCCAGCCUUCGAACGAAAUGCCUCUACACUCAAAGCCCUCCUCUCUCUCGCCUCGCUCAAUGAGACCGCAGACGAAGAACAAGAACUCCUGGCUCGAUCUCGAGAGAAUGCUCUCACCGCCAUCCAAACCUCCCUCGAUAAUGACCCAAAUACAGAGCUCUUGCACACCCUCGAAGAUUCCCUUACUCCUGAAGGCCAAACUGCUCUUGAAAGUCUCUCGUCUCUAUCCACAACCCUCAAUUUAUCCUCUCCAUCCACUGAACUUAUCGGCCGCAAAUUACUCUCUCUGCAAACAACAUCCUACACACUUUCUCAAGCCACCUCACGCGUGGCUACUCUUCAACGUUCCCUCACCACGGAACUGACCAAUCUGACUACACUCAUCGCUUCCCUUCAAUCACCCUCCUACCAAGCUCCCACCGACCUACCAAAGCAAACACUCGACCUCCAACGCAAGAUCAAAAUUCUCACCAGUAAAUUGCCAGAAAUCCGUGAGCGCAUAGCCGCCCUGUCCUCUUCCAAUCCUUCUACGUCCAAAAUAACAGUAGAAACUAUCAAAGCUGAAGAAGAGAAAUUCAAAGAGUGGUUGGCGACAGUGAAGGAUUUGGAGAUGCAGGUUAAGGCAUUCCAUGGUUUACCACAAGAUGUCGAUUUGGCAAGACUGGAACUGGAGGGGUUGAGAAUGGAGUUGAGGGAGCUUACCAGGGAGAGGGAUGGGCUGUUUGAAGGGCUCGUGGAGAGGGAAAGUCCGAAGAAGAGGGGGAGAUAG